GUCCUCGGUGGGAAGCGGACGGCGGCAGCGGCGGAUCCCGGCGGAGGUGCGGGGCCGCCCCCCGGGGCCGCCCGAGGGCUCCGCGCCGCUUCGCAGCGCCUGGGCCAAGCGGCUGGCACGGCGGCUGCGAGGUCUGUGGGGCACAAGGCUGAUGGAGGAAAGCAACACCAGCAGAGAGCGGUACCUGCGAAGUGUUUUGCGGGAGCUGAUUACGUACGUGAUCUUCCUCGUGGUGCUGUGUGUCUUGACAUAUGGGACAGUGAGUUCCAGCAUGUAUUAUUACACAAGGGUUAUGUCGCAGCUCUUCCUGGAAACACCUGUAUCCAAAAUGGAGAAAACGGACUUCAAAACAUUGUCCACAAUGGACGACUUCUGGAAGUUCACAGAAGGCCCUCUGCUGGAUGGUCUCUAUUGGGAUAUGUGGUACAACAAUAAAACCAUAGCAGAAAACAAAAGCUUCAUUUAUUAUGAGAACCUGCUUUUAGGGGUGCCCCGCAUUCGGCAGCUGAAAGUGAGGAAUGGUUCAUGCUCGAUUCCUGAAGAUUUAAAAGAUGAAAUCAAAGACUGCUAUGAUGUCUAUUCUGUGGCCAAUGAAGAUACUGCUCCUUUUGGGCUUCGAAAUGGAACAGCUUGGACAUACACCAAUGAGAAGGACCUGAACGGGAGUAGCCACUGGGGCUUGCUGGCCACGUACAGUGGGGCUGGUUAUUACCAAGACCUCUCAAGGACAAGGGAAGUGACAGCUGUGCAGAUUGCCAGCCUUAAGAAGAACCUGUGGUUGGACAGAGGGACAAGAGCAGCUUUCAUUGAUUUCUCUGUCUACAAUGCAAACAUCAACCUAUUCUGCGUUGUGAGGUUGUUAGUGGAAUUUCCAGCGACUGGAGGCCUUCUUACAUCCUGGCAGUUUCAGCCAGUGAAACUGAUUCACUACAUCUCCACUUUGGAUUUCUUCCUGGCAGCCUGUGAAAUGGUGUUUUGUCUUUUUGUUCUGUAUUAUAUGGUGGAAGAGAUCUUAGAAAUUCACAUUCACAGACUGCACUACUUCAGAAGUCUCUGGAACUGUCUGGAUAUCCUUAUCAUCAUGCUCUCUGUGGCAGCGAUAGGAAUUAGCAUCUACAGGACAUCAACUGUUGAUAUGCUCCUGAAGAAGCUGCUAGAAGAUCAGAACACAUUCCCCAAUUUUGAACCCUUGGCAUAUUGGCAAAUACAAUUCAACAACAUUGCUGCAGUCACUGUGUUUUUUGUCUGGAUAAAGCUCUUCAAAUUUGUUAACUUCAACAGAACGAUGAGUCAGUUGUCCACAACCAUGUCUCGCUGUGUCAAAGAUGUCGUUGGCUUUGCAAUUAUGUUUUUUAUUAUUUUCUUUGCAUAUGCUCAGUUGGCCUAUCUUGUCUUUGGUGCUCAGAUUGAUGACUUCAGCACUUUCCAGGACUGCAUAUUUACUCAGUUCCGCAUCAUUUUGGGAGACUUCAACUUCACAGAGGUUGAAGAAGCUAAUCGCAUUUUGGGACCAAUUUAUUUCACUACAUUUGUGUUCUUUAUGUUCUUCAUCCUUUUGAACAUGUUUUUGGCCAUUAUCAAUGAUACAUACUCUGAAGUCAAAUCGGAUAUGGCACAACAGAAGGCAGAAAUGGAACUGUCUGACCUUAUCAGAAAGGGCUGUAACAAAGCCAUGGUCAAACUUAAAUUGAAGAAAACCACUGUUGAUGACAUUUCAGAAAGCUUGAGACAAGGUGGGGGAAAACUAAAUUUUGAUGAACUCCGGCAAGAUCUAAAAGGGAAGGGCCACACCGAUGCAGAGAUUGAGGCAAUAUUUACCAAAUACGAUCAGGAUGGGGACCAGGAACUGACAGAGCAUGAACACCAGCAGAUGAGAGAUGACCUGGAAAAAGAGAGGGAGGAUCUGGACCUGGACAGGAGCUCUCUGCCACGUCCUCUGAGCAGCCGCAGCUUUCCCCGGAGCUUGGAUGACUCUGAGGAAGAUGAAGAUGAAGACAGCGGGCACAGCUCAAGGAGGAGGGGCAGCAGCUCUAGUGGAGUGUCCUAUGAAGAGUUCCAAGUACUCAUGAGGCGGGUGGAUCGCAUGGAGCAUUCCAUUGGCAGCAUCGUCUCCAAGAUUGAUGCAGUGAUUGUGAAGCUGGAAGCGAUGGAGAGAGCCAAACUGAAAAGGAGAGAUGUGUUGGGAAGGCUGUUGGAUGGAGUGACAGAGGAUGAAAGGCUGGGCCGUGACAGUGAGAUCCACAGGGAGCAGAUGGAGCGGCUGGUACGGGAGGAACUGGAGAGGUGGGAGUCAGAUGACACGGCAUCGCAGAUGAGCCAUCGUCUGGGAACACCACUGGGACUGAAUGGGCAGCCGCGGUCGAGGAGCUCCCGGCCGUCCUCCUCACAGUCAGAUGCUGACACUUUUCAAGAGACAAAGCAGCAUCUCUUUUUUAAGUGAUUGGAUCCUUACUCUGCAAAUAGUCCAGGACAUUGGAUACAAUCACUGUGCAGUAUCCUGUGGAUGACUGCAUCUCAAUGGUUACUAAGUAAGUGCCCAACAGUUCUAUACAGUCAUUUUUUACUACGAAUACUUGUUAGCUGUUGCAAAUUAUCUCCUCCAUUUCUAUUAAUAGAGCUAAAUUGAGCUAAGGUAAAAAUAAGAAGAGGAGUUGUUCUGUACAAAUAGCAGUAAUUGGAAUUGCAAUUGCUGUGUAGGUCAAAGUAAUAGUGAUGCAUUUUUACUUUUACAGAAUACUUCCCUCCAGUGAACUCCUUCAUACAUGUGACUGUGAUGCAUGGCAAAGUGCUACUGGGUGUUAGAUUGGAUAGUAACUUAGAGAAGAAUUGGGCAGACGUUCUGUAAUGCCCACAUAUAUACUCAUGCCUGGAAUACAAACAUAAUUAUGCAUUAGGAUCUCAUUUCACUAACAAAGUAUACUAUACAUGUAACAACAAUGAUUCUCAUGGAACAGAGUCUUUUGAAUCCUAAAAUACUUUUUUUAACAUUAUAGUAACAAAUUUUAAAAUCUUAUUAGAGGAACUGGUAAAACCAAUUGUAACAGGUAAGCUUCAAAAAUAAGUUUAUUUUUCCAGUACUGCUGAAUCCAUUGGUACUGGAUUCUCCCAGUCUGUUCAGUCUCUUGCUACAUUUCAGAGCUUCUCCAUGCCUCAUAUUCAAUGUCACUCUUGCAAUUUAGGAAACGUGUAUUUAUUUGCAGCUCCCUUACUUUUAGAUGUCUGUCACAGUGCUACACUGCCAUAUUAUGUUCUAAUUCAGUUCUGAUUUCCCCUGUAAUCUUCUAUGGAAUACCCUGGAAAGAAGGAAUUGCAGCUGCUUUCUCAGCCCAAUACUUUGUUGGCAGAGAAUCACAAAAAAGUUGGGAUAUUAUUCAUCAGGGUGGAUUUAAGCUUCCUUUUUCCUGAGUUCUCUCUUCAGCAGGGUUGUGUAUCCAACAGCUUACCUGAGGAUAGGUCUUACUUCGCCAGUGACCAACUAUAUUAUUAAGCACCCUAAUCGAAAUAUUCACUGUGGCUUUUGAUGUUGCUGGCCUGCAGCUUGGUAAGGGUAAUGGCUGUGGUGCUGCAAAGUACCUUAGGUAUGCUUUUAAAUUACGUUUGCCACUUCUCCACUUCUGUGCAUCAAUGAGUUGCUGGCAACGGCAGGUUGGCUUAACACUGACUUCUGUGGGUUCACCUUAUUUCAGGAGCUCUGUACCACCUCCUGCCAACCAGCCCUAAGUCCUCGUGUAUCAGAAGUGCCACAGUCAGCCCAAUCUGAUCAUAGCCAUAGCCAUCCAUACAGACCUCCCAGUGUCUCCUGCCCUGUGAAAGCACUGAGUUGCCUAUUUGCCUUCUCAUUUUGCAACAGCAUAGCCCCAUGAUGAGAUGAAGCCUACAGUACAUCAUUCUGCUAAAGACGGUUUGGGUCAGGUCAGGCAAUGUGUAGGCUGGACUUUAUCACCUUCUGCUCCUGGAAUAUUUCAGCUCAGUCAUCUGCAUGUAUGUCAGAAAAGAAGUGCAUGUGAUUCCCUACGUAAACAAAACAGAGACCUGUAUUCUCACUGCUUGUAACUUCUUACACCUUUAUUUUCUCAGCGUCCCCUAGGGAACGUAUGUUUUGAGUGGGAGACAUGCUGACUGCUGGACUUGAUGAUCUUGGAGGUCCUGUCCAACUUUAACAGUUCUCUGAGUGGGCACAGUGUUGAUGCUUGGUUUAGAUGACCUUAGAGGUCAUUUCCAAACUCAGUGAUUCUGCUGUUCCAUGCUGCUGUGUGGAACGAGACUGUAAAAAGGCACUGUUCUGCCCAUUGCACUGCAAGCUUUAUUUGCACACACUGCAAGUUAAACAAGGAAUGUGAUUGCUUUAUAAAUGCAACAUCCUGUCAUUCCACAGACUUAGUUGCUAACUGCAAUGAACAGUGCACUUCUAUUUCUUCACUUAAAAAAAGAUAUACAUAUUUAUUUUUAUGUUUUUCAAGGAAAACUACCUAUAGAUACAAUGGAAAAAUACACUCAAAUUUUUUUUUUUUUUAUGUAAAAUUUGGCUCAGUAUUAUCUUGCCUGUAAUAAAAAUAUUUAUGAGAGGCAGACAGACAGACAGACACACACACACACACACACACACACACACAUCCAUAACAUCUAGUGCAUGCCUAAAUCCCCAAAAGAUCUGUUCUUCAGUGGUACUAAAAGGAGUUGCAGCAAGGGCCUAAAGCACCUGAAGUCCUAGCUUAAAGCCUCAGAUCCACCCUCUUUGACCUGAUAAUUUUCCAAUGGAAAAUACUCUUCUGCCUUCACUUGGGCUGAAUGCUAUACGAAAUAUUUAAAUUGAUUUUCUGUCAAAGCAAAUCAAUCUGUCUGACUGCUCAGCAAUAAAAAAAUAUUUGUUAACAUGGAACAAAUCAAUUAGCCUACGCAGUGUAAUACAUCAGUUCAAGGAUCUCCUUGUUUCUUACAAUUUUUUAAUAAAAGCAUUUUGUUAGUCUUCUGCCCAAAACAGACAAGUGAAUGCUCUCCUACAGCACAUUCAGAAGGUCAUCGGAUAGAGGUUCAGUGAAGAGCAAUUCCCCCUCAAAAAAAAAAAAAAAAAAAAAA